AGAGGCAGCAGUGGCUCAGAGCUCACAGCACCUGGUCCCGUGGAGCUAACAAAGUUUACUAAAAUUACUGCAACAAUUUGGACUGGAUUAUAACGGAUUUAAGCACAUACAGAAGCAAAAAUGCCACGGUCGUUUUUGGUGAAGAGCAAAAAGGCACACAGCUAUCACCAGCCCCGGAGUUUGGAGGAUGACUACAGUAAACUGGAUUCAAUACUGGCGCAGAUCUGCUCAGAUGCGGACAGGGUGUCCGAGGAUCUGGACGAGUCCCUGGACCUCUCUGUGGAUCGUUGCGGCCUGUCUCCGGACUCCCAGAUGCUGGAUACGGUUCAGUUUUCUCCCAAGUCUUCCCUCAGCUGCGCCGACAGCGGGUGCGAGCGGUCACCGGACUACGAGGACUACUGGAGGCCGCCCUCUCCAUCCGCUUCACCAGCAUCGGAUAAGUCCUUGUCUCCUCUGGUGGAAGACAGCCAGCACUUUACCGUGCCAUUCCGGCCGUACGCGUGGGACAGCCCCCCGGGUGCGAGGCCGCUUCUCCAGCCGCAGAGCCUCACUCCACACCGUGUAAAUCUGGACCGGAGCCCCGGCUCUGCUGUGGCCUUUUACGGUGACCGCAGCCCCGUUAUGUAUCCAGAAGACUGCAGUUAUGGCGAGUACCGAAGACACGCCUCAUCUCUGCUCUAUCCGGACAUCAAGAGUCACGAGGCCAAAGCCCAGACAGAUCUACUCUGCUCCAGUCUCAUCCACAACGGGACAUACAAGUGCGUCAAGUGCACCAAGGUCUUCUCCACGCCACACGGUUUGGAGGUGCACGUGCGCAGAUCCCACAGCGGAACCAGACCUUUCGCGUGUGAAAUCUGCGGUAAAACUUUCGGACACGCGGUCAGUCUGGAGCAACACAAAGCCGUGCACUCACAGGAGAGAAGCUUCGACUGUAAAAUCUGCGGGAAGAGUUUUAAGCGCUCGUCCACGCUGUCCACGCACCUGCUAAUCCACUCAGACACGCGGCCGUACCCCUGCCAGUACUGCGGAAAAAGGUUCCACCAGAAGUCCGACAUGAAGAAGCACACGUUUAUCCACACAGGUGAGAAGCCGCACAAAUGUCAGGUUUGCGGUAAAGCUUUCAGCCAGAGCUCUAACCUGAUUACGCACAGUCGGAAGCACACGGGAUACAAGCCGUUUGGAUGCGACCUCUGUGGGAAGGGUUUUCAGAGAAAAGUGGACCUGCGGCGACACAAGGAGACGCAACACGGACUCAAAUAAAUAGCUGUUUGGCCUUCUUGUCCUACGUAGCACAAAUGUCCUACGGAAGGAAUUGGUACAAAUGAAGACUUUAUCCGUUAAAUUAUGAUAAAUUAUAUAAUACUAUGUCUUUAUUAUUUGUAUUUAUUUAUAAAUCUUGGAUUCAUGUAACACUAGUAAAACGCCACAGAGUGUCCAAAUGGUUGCGGUGGCGUUUAAUGAAGAUAAAGCUAUGCUUUGAAAAAUAAAUGAAAAAGGCUAUUUGAGGGGGGAUUUGGUUACGCGCACUAAAGACGUGCGUCUUAUCCAAGCUUUAAUUUUGCACAAGCCAGAGUGAACUUCUUGUCUUGUUUACAAAAUAAAUAUAACGCUUUCCCAA